CCCUAUACGCCGCUACUGUCCCAGAACGAGCGCGCCGUAGCAACACAAGUCUCUUCUGCUCCAGCGAAUGCCGCUGUCAGAGCCCCUCCUGGAAGGAACGCUGCCCCCUCGGGUGGUCUUACGCGACAGAUUGCGCGCUCCAUCAAGGAUUGGGAAGUUGAAGACUUUGUUCUCUUGGCGACCGUUGACGGACGUAUACACGCACGAGAUAGAUAUACUGGUGGUGGCAUUUGGGAACUCGACCUCAGGAAACCAAUGUUGGAGACGAUCUACAACCACAAUGAAUCUUCGGGAGGCGACAAUGAUAAUAAACCUUUCAUCUGGAUCGUAGAACCCAAGGAGGAUGGGGCUCUCUACAUCCUGACACCCGGUCCCUUCCCCGUCCUCCAAAGUCUGGGGAUGACGGUCAAGCAAUUGACCGAGGACCUUGCACCCUACUCGAGCGACGACCCCCCUGUCGUCUAUACCGCCGAGAAGAAGAACUUCCUGUUCGUUGUCGAUGCACGUACGGGAGCCGUCACCAAGAGCUUCAACACGGGCGGAUCGGUUGUCAUCGACACCGAGAGCUGCAACUCUCAAGCGACCGAGUAUUUCUCAUCUCGGGAACGGGAGUGCAAAGGGUUCUUCAACAUCGGUCAAACCGAGUAUACCAUUAGCAUCCACAACAAGAUCAAUGGUGACCAUAUCUGCACCAUAAAGUAUUCAGAAUGGACCCCCAACAAUCGUGAUCGGGAUCUCCAGACUCAAUACGACGAGACGAUGGACAAUCAAUACAUCUACAGCAGAUAUGACGGACGUGCCAUUGCCUUCGACUACAACCGGAAGGGCCGGUCUCAGAAACGACCAGUAUUUUCGCAGCAACUGUCCUCGCCGGUCGUACGAGUCUUUGACGUUGCAAGGCCCUUCGAUGACGAAGACCCAGAGCCUGCUCUUGUGCUACUGCCUCAGCCCCCCGGCCCUCAUACUUUGGAGGACAAGGAGAGGAAUGUGUGGCUUAACACAACAGAGGCGGGCAGCUGGUACGCGCUCUCAGAAGCUAAUUAUCCUGCCGUCACCGACAGUGCCCCGCCAGCACUAUGUUACAGCCCGGAGUGGACCGACAACGAGCUCUUAGACGUAGAUACUCGCCAUCUUCCAGACAGGAUGGGUCUCGUGGGUGUACACAUCCUCAACUACCAGCCCGAGGCCCGCACAACAAGGCCCGGCAUCGAUGCCCCCACAAGCGGUGAGGAGUCCGGUACCGUGGAUGAGCCCACUCACAAUGUCAUCGUUCCCAGGCCACCGAUCAUUACCAGGGAGCCGGAGCCUGAGCUCCAACCCGAGAUACUGGAACCUCCUGCUCGAAAGCCGUACUCUAUGUAUGCAUUCGUGUCGAUGAUCAUGUUUAUUCUCCUCUACGGAGGCUACAUGGGAGUGGCUCAGCCAACUAAAUUGGAUUACCUGAGAACUACUUUAGUAUCAAGGUUGACGCAGCAAAGGAAGGGCAGCAAUCGAUCCGACCCACAGGUCGUGAGUACCGAGACCGACCCUGUCGUCGUACUCCCAGAGAAAGAACAAGUCAGUGUUGCAACGGACACCGAGGUCCCGCACACUGCUCCUGGCGUCGAAGCUCACACAGAAAAGAAGGUUCGAUUCAAUAUCGAAGACGACGAAGACGACGAGAUGUUAGCUUUAUCUCGGACAACGACUGCAGAACAGAGUUCUCCAAUCAUCGAGCAAGCGGAAGCGGUAGAAGCGGUGCCUAAGCUGAGCAACGCCGCUGAACAGUCCUCUACGUCACCCGAUGAAACUCAGCAAUUGCAAGACGGUUCCCCGGCAACUCCCGUUAAGAAGAAGAAAACUCAUCGGGGUAAACGUGGUGGCCAGAAGAAGCCACGUAGACGAGAUACCGAGGAUGAGGUUGAUAAGAUCGUCAACGCCGCCAAAGAGCUUGAUCAGGCCCCAUCACUCCAUCCCGACGAGAUUACCGUCAAUGGCGAUGACGUACAAGAUGUAUCCAACAUCAAAAAGAUUGGCAAACUCACCAUUGAUUUUGACCGCUUGCUUGGAAAUGGCAGUGGUGGCACCUUUGUUUUUGAAGGAAAAUGGAACGAGCGUGAAGUUGCUGUCAAGCGCAUGCUCCCUCAAUACUUUGGGCUAGCCGAGCAGGAAGUCAAACUUCUCCAAGAGAGCGAUCUGCAUCCCAACGUCAUCCGUUAUUUCGACGACGAAAAGGAUGAGAAUUUCCUCUACAUCGCAGUUGAGCUUUGCCAGUCCAGUCUAUUUGAUCUGUACCGAGACGGACGGCCUGGCAUCGAUGAACUGAAUGAGAAUCAGCAGCGACUGGUGAACGAAAUCAAUGCCGACGUUCCACGAGCAUUGUACCAACUUGCAAUGGGUGUCAAUCAUCUGCAUAGUCUCAGGAUCAUCCAUCGUGAUAUCAAGCCACAGAAUAUUCUGAUCGCCUACCCGCAACGAAACCAGAAGUAUGGUGCUCGCCUCGUAAUUUCCGACUUUGGACUGUGCAAAACACUUCCAGACAACGUCAGCACUCUGGUCGGUACAACGGGCAAUGCGGGAACUGUCGGAUGGAAGGCCCCUGAACUCAUUCUUCAACCGAAAGAUAUGGAUCGCGGCUCAUCUACCGGUCAUUCCCGAGAUUCAUCAAGCUCCACCGAUCCUGUUGCCCAAGGUGUGAAACGAGCCGUGGACAUAUUCUCACUUGGCUGUGUCUUCUUCUACGUCCUCACAAACGGAUCUCACCCCUUCGACGACGACGAAGGCUGGAUGCAAAUUCGCGAAUACAACAUCAAGAAGAACAAGGCGAACUUCACGCAACUCCGUCUUGGUGAUGACUCGGAGGAGCCCAUCCACCUCAUUUCCUGGAUGUUGGCGAAUCGCCCCGAGGACCGCCCCACAGCACUUCAGGUCUUGAGCCAUCCUUUCUUCUGGUCUGCAGAGAAGCGCCUCAACUUCCUAUGCGAUUGCUCCGAUCAUUGGGAACGUGAGCCUCGUGACCCUCCAUCAGAACAUCUCGCCAUGUUAGAGGAGUACAGCUUCGAGGUCUUAGACAAGAAACGGAACUUCCUCGACAAACUUGACCGUGGCUUCGUGAACUCGCUCGGAAAGCAGCGCAAGUACACGGGCGACAGGAUGCUUGAUCUGUUACGGGCUCUCCGGAACAAGAAGAACCAUUACGAGGAUAUGGACGAGACCGUCAAGGCAAAGGUCGGGCCUUUGCCUCACGGUUAUCUACGUUAUUGGACGACCAAAUUCCCCAAAUUACUGAUGUCCUGUUACGACUGCGUGUGGGAGUGUGGACUCCAGGGCGAGCCGAGAUUCAGACCGUAUUUCGAG